AUGGAAUCAGGGAAGACUAUAGCUGUUACAGGAGUUACCGGAUGGUUAGCGUCACAUAUAGUCGUUCAAUUGCUAGAUGCUAAUUGUAUAGUACACGGUUCGGUUAGAUCGUUAGAAAAAGGUGAAUUUCUAUUUGGACUUCACCCAUUAGCGAAAUCCAAUUUAAAAUUAGUUGUAUCAGAUUUGUUAAAUAAAGAUAACUGGGAUGAAUUAGUUAAAGGCUGUGAUGUAUUAAUUCACACUGCCAGUCCAUUUAAUUUUAGUACAAAUAAAAGUGAAGACUUAAUAUAUCCGGCAGUUUUAGGUACUAAAAAUGUUUUACAAAGUUGUGUUAGAAAUCAUAUCAAACGUGUUGUUUUAACUAGCAGCGUUGUGGCUGUUACAUAUGGUCAUUCAAACAAACGUUAUAAAUGCAAUUUGGAAUUUGUUGAGAAAGAAAUAAAAAAUUGGAAUGACUUCACAUUAAAUUUCAAUUCUUUCUCUAUUAAAUGUACGGAUCAAUAUCAUUUAAGAACAAAUAAAAGUAUACCUGAAUAUUUUAAUAAUUGGAAAUGCAUGAACGAAGACGAUUUUUCAGACAUAGCUAAAAUAAAAAACUACGAACUUAGCAAAAGCUUAGCUGAACAAACAGCUUGGAAGAUAGCCAACGAAAAUAACAUUUCACUUACUGUUUUAUGUCCUGGAUUUAUUUUUGGACCCAUAUUAUCUCCUAUUCAUGAAAAAUGCGAAUCUAGUCAGCAUUUAUUAAAAUUAUUAAAGCAUAAAUAUCCUGUUUUACCUUCGAUUGGUUGUUCUCACGUAGAUGUAAGAGAUGCAGCUGAAUGUCACGUAAAAGCGGCGUUAUUACCGGUUUCUAUAGUAAGUAAUAAACGAAUUAUAGUGGCAUGCGAUACUGGAAAUAUAAACAUAAUAGAUCAAAUUAAAUUUAUAAAUGAUAAAUUAUUAAACACAAGUUCCAUUUUACCUGUCAAGGCUCCAAAAUGGCUGAUAAGUAUUGCUAGCUAUUUCAUGAGCGAUGCUAAAUACGCUAUUGAUAAAAUCAAUAAACCCUCAUAUACAUCGAAUUAUUCAGCAUAUAAUAUAUUAAUGAAAAAUGAAUGGAGAUGUGUAGAGUUGUCUAUAUUGUCACAUAUUAUUUCUUUAAUAAAAUUUAAUAUUAUUAAUAUUGCAACUGUACCUAAAAAUUUAAUAGAAGCUUAUACUCCAUAUAAUGAUCUUAAUUCUGUAAAAGAUAAAGUAAUGACUAAAUAA